AUGAAAAAUAAUAUAGCCCUUUAUUUAAUUAUAUCUUUAGUAAUUAUAAGUCUUAAUUUCAAUGGAUGUUUGACUAACAACUUGAGAGAAAUAAAUGAAAAUUUGUAUAAUGACGUAGAGGUAAAAGGAGAAAAUAAAAAAAAAAUUAAUAAAAUAAAUCAUAGUGAUGGUAAAAAAAAUUUGUUACGUAAAAAACGUGAGAGAGAAGAUCGUGAAGUACUGAAAAGACAAGCAGAACUUGAAGUUACGAAAACAGAAUUAGAGGAACUACAGCGAAAAAUCGAAAAUGAAAUCGUCAGUUUGAAAAAUCGUUACAAGUCAUCCAGAGUUAACAGACAAAAUGACGAUACAAAGAUGAUAUCCAAUCCGCGGUUGGUUAAAAUAGAAGUCGAUACCUAUGAGAUCGAUAGUCCUCAGCUGCCUGAUCGUCACAUUCAAAAUAUAAAGAAGCGGGAAGACAUCAGUACGACAAUUAAAAAUUUUGAUUUUUCUGUUCCCAAAGAAAGAAGAAUGAUUUCAGAUGAUAAAAGUCAAGUUAAUAAUCCAGAAGAAGAAAUUGGAAGUAAAAUAGAGGCGAUUAAAAAAAAUUUUAAGGACCAGAUUGAUUUUGAAAAAAGAAAUAAUGAAAUUAGAAAGAGUAAUGAUAAAUUUGAAGAGAUAAAAAAUCUUUACACGGGCAAGUGCGCCCGGCCUAAUGAUGCAGAAAAAAGUGUCAAGAAAAGAUCAGCUAUUGAUGGUAAAAAUAAAUUCAAAAGACACGCGGGAAUUAAAAAAAUAAAAAAAUCUGUGUCUGAAAAUAUUUCAAUUAAAAAUAAUGAUCUUGAUUCAAAUCUUAUCAUUUCUGAAUCAAAGAUAAAAAAUUCAUUGAGAGCGAAACGAAAGACGAGUCAUCAUGACAAAUCAAAAUCUAAAAAAGGCACAUUACAUAAAAACAAACAUGACACUAAACAUGAUAAUAAAGUUGUCAAAAAAAGUGUUAGUAAUAAAGAUAAUAAAUUAAAAUUAUCUGUUGGGAAUUUAAAUCGCGGAAAAAGAAAUAAACAGGCGCAUAAAAAAGCUGAAACUCAUGUUAAAAUAAUUAAGAAGAGAGAUAGACCCAAACAUCUGCACAAAAGACACUAUAAUAGAUGGGAUACUGUAGAGAGAGAUGAAAGAUCCGUAGAUACUGUUGACAAUAAAAAUUCAAAUGCAGAAGCUGAGUCGGAUGAUGGAUUGAAUGUACUCAACUCGCAAGACAAUGCACCAAUAGCAUCUGAAUACAAAGAAUCAUUCGGCGGGUUUCCAAAUGAUCCAGCCGACGCACUUAAUCGUUACAAAAGAAUAAAGCGAUACAAAUCAUGAUUACUUAUUAAUAACUAAUCACAAAUAACAUGUAAUUUAGUACUUAUAUUUAUAUAAGAAGAUUUAUAUUAUCAGUGAGACAACUUUAUUAAUUAAAUUUAUUUUAGUAACAAUUACUGAUAUUUAGUUUAAAAUUUUACA